CUCAUUUUGAAUCUCUUCCCCGAAUCCAUGGUUAAGCGCACUGUAUCUGAUUCCUCCCCUCCUCCGCCCGACGCCAAGCGAUCCAAGUCGGCGUCAGCGGAAGAUGAUGCUAACGCACCGGCCAAAGGUGAGGAUGCUAACGCGCCGCCGGCCAAAGGUGAUUAUCCCCUUUUCUUCUUCUUUUCUAGAUUAAUGGGGGUUUUGGUGAAUUCUUGAAAAUCAGAUGCUGCUAAAGGGAAAUCGAAUAGGAUACCCAAAUUACACAUACGGAAUGGGCUGGUACUGCAGCAGCCCGAUUCUGGGAAUCCAUGGGGAAAACUCAUAUCUCAGUGUUCAGAGGUCCGUUGUUGGAAGUGACGGGUACAAGACAAUGUUGCUUGUCUCAUCCUGAUAAGUGAUGUUUAGGGGGAAUACUUCAGUGUUGCUAAGCUUUAAAUCUAGCACGGCUAUCAAUGGGGGUUUAGUGACUCUUCAUUCACAUGCCAACAUCUUGAUUACCCUUCUUUAUCUUAAUUUGUUUCGUGCAAUUUUCCUAUCCCAGAAUUCCCAUGUUAUUCUGCAUCUCCCUACUUUAACUGUUGGUAAAAGCGAGCGAUGUGGCUUGUGGGUCAUAGAUCCAGCAGUCAGUAAGUUGUUGUGUAGUCUGCACAUUGAAACUGAGAGAGGGGUUUCGGAAACAGUGCUUGAAAUCAUUGGGAAAAAAGGAUAUGUUCAAGUUAAUGGAAAGGCUUACGUUGAAAAAUCCACCAUCUCUAUAAAUGGAGGUGAUGAGAUUAUCUUUAGCUCAAAAACUAAACAGGCUUACGUAUCCUAUUGUCUGUGGUGUUCUAAUAGUAGUUUCUUCAUCAUAUUGUUUAUGGUGGUUGGUAGAAAUACAUUAUUAUACCUGUUUAUUUCCUUGACAUAUUACUAUAUUUUCCAACUCCUUACCAACACUGGUGAAUCGACAACUAGCAUGCACCCUUCAGUAAGUAGCUUAGAAGCUCAUGGUGGAUCCAAAAAUGGAUUGCAUAUUGAGGCUAGAUCAGGUGCCGUUGCGUCAACUCUGGCCCCCCUCUCACAUCCUACUGAUGAAUUGUCUCUUAUUCCACCACCAUCAUCUCAGAAACAAGGGUCUGAAAUUCCAUCAGUGCCUUCUACUUGCAAAGUGUCAGACAAUUGUAUCAUUGAUACCAGUAUGGAAGAUGCUUUUUCCUCAGGCCCAUCAGCUUCUGAGUUUAAUAAGAAACACAGAGAUCAAAUAAAGGGCUUAUGGAAAUGUUUAAUCGAUGUGAAAGAUCUGGGUGUUUCAUUCGAGAAGUUUCCCUAUUAUCUAAGUGAGACCACCAAGAAUGUCCUUGUAGCUUCGUCAUACAUACAUUUGAAGUGUCCGAACAUGGUGGAGCUUAUUUCAGAACUCCCUGCGGUGUGCCCAAGAAUUUUGUUGUCAGGUCCAGAAGGUUCAGAAAUGUAUAAGGAAACAUUGACUAGGGCACUUGCUAAUUUUUUUGGUGUGAGACUCCUUAUAGUCAACAAGAUUAUGUUAUCUGGUGGGGGAUUAACUAAGGAAGUUGAAUCCCCAAAAGAAAGUUCAGAGCCUGAGAGAGCUACUGUGUUCGCUAAGCGAACAACUGCUGAUGUAGACCUUACGAAACUAGCUUCGAGUGUGGAUGCUGCUAUAGCCUCUUCUGCGCAGUCUAAGGACGAAGCAUCUACUGCUACGUCAAAGAACUACGCUUUCAGAAAAGGUGAUAGAGUAAAGUUUGUUGGCACUUCAGUAGCAUUUGGCAUUUCUCCCGGUCAAUUUCCAAUUAGGAGUCCAUUAUAUGGUUCCAGAGGCAAGGUGGUUCUUGUAUUUGAAGGUAAUGGCUAUUCUAAAAUUGGGGUUAGAUUCAAUAGAGCAGUUCCCGAAGGUAAUGACCUCGGGGGCCUUUGCGAAGGAGAUCAUGGUUUUUUUUGUUCCGCUGGCUCAAUAAGUCUUGAAAGUUCAAAUGACGAUGACAUUGAUGAGCUUGUCAUAAAUGAUCUCUUUGAGGUUGCUUCCAUGGAAAGUAAAAAGGGUUCAUUAAUUUUGUUUUUCAAAGACAUCGAGAAAUUGGUGAUUAGGGAUUUGAUGGCAUUUACAGCCUUUAAAAUGAAGCUCGAAGCUUUGCCAGAAAAUGUUGUUGCCAUAGCUUCACAUACUCGGAUGGACACCCCAAAGGAAAAACCUCCACCUCUCUUGCUUCUCGCAAAGUUAAACCAAACAGGAUUCUUGGACAUGCAUUCUGUAGGGGAUAAGUGUAAAUUGCAAGACAAAAACAAAGAGGCCCCAAAAAGUAUGAAGCAGCUCAGUCGUCUUUUCCCAAACAAAGUGACAGUACAGAUUCCUCAGGAUGAAGAAAUACUGGAGGACUGGAAACAAAUGCUAGAUCGAGAUGCCAUGACAAUGAAAUCACAGGAAAAUAUUGCCCUUAUCCGCUCGGUUUUAAGUCGGUUUAGAUAUGUUUGCCCUGAUUUGGAAACAUUGUGCAUUAACGAUCAAGCUUUGUCCGGUGAAAAUGUUGAAAGAGCUAUCGGAUGGGCUUUGACUCAUCGCUUCAUGUACUACACUCUACCAAAAGUCACAGAUACAUCAAUUGUCAUUCAAAGUGCAAGUAUCAAAUAUGGGCUCGACAUUCUACGUGGCACCGAAGACGGAAACCAGAGUUUAAAAAAAUCUCUCAAGGACGUGGCUACUGAGAAUGAAUUCGAGAAAAGGCUCCUUGCUGAGGUCAUUCCACCCGGUGACAUUGGUGUUAGUUUCGACCACAUUGCAGCAUUGGAGAAUGUGAAGGAAACUUUGAAUGAAUUAGUGAUGCUACCUCUGCAAAGGCCAGAACUGUUCAACAAAGGACAACUUAGAAAACCUUGUAAGGGAGUAUUGCUCUUCGGGCCUCCUGGCACGGGUAAAACAAUGCUUGCAAAAGCUGUUGCAACAGAAGCAGGUGCAAACUUCAUCAACAUAUCUACGUCUAGCAUUACCUCAAAGUGGUUUGGUGAAGGGGAGAAAUACGUGAAAGCAGUCUUCACUUUGGCCAGCAAAAUAUCGCCCAGUGUUAUAUUUAUUGAUGAGGUUGACAGUAUGUUAAGGAAACGGGAAAGCCAAGGAGAACAUGAGGCAAUGCGUAAAAUAAAAAAUGAAUUUAUGGUUAACUGGGACGGCUUGCGUACAAAGGAUAAGGAACGAGUGCUAGUACUUGCUGCAACAAACAGGCCUUUUGAUCUCGAUGAGGCAGUAAUAAGGAGGCUUCCCAGAAGGUUGAUGGUCAGUCUGCCCGAUGCUCAAAAUAGGGACAAAAUCUUAAAGGUGAUAUUAGCCACAGAAGAGCUAGGUCCAGAUGUGGAUCUCGAAGCAGUAGCUCAAAUGACCGAGGGGUAUUCGGGAAGUGAUCUAAAGAAUCUUUGUGUGGUAGCUUCAUAUUACCCGAUAAGACAACUUUUGGAGAAAGAGAAGCAGGAAAAAGCUUUGGCACUGGCCGAGAACAGACCAUUGCCUUCACUGCACAGUUCAGACGUUCGAAGCCUGACUAUGGAUGACUUCAAAAAAGCACAUGCACAGGUAUGUGCAAGUGUUUCAUCGGAAUCACAAAACAUGGCCCAGCUUCAACAGUGGAACGAACUAUACGGGGAAGGUGGAACGAGAAAGAAGACACCACUUAGCUACUUCUUGUAGAGGAAGACACAACAUUUGUAUAGGAAGGAGUGUAUAACAUCUAGGUAGGUUUGGUUUUUUCUCCAUCCACUAGAUAAGAAGAGUAAUUCUACUGAUUUUUUCCUUCAUCUUUACCUGUAUAUUCUUGUUUGAUUCAAUAAAUUCCAAAUUUACUUCUCUUCAUAUGAUCAUGGUAUAGAGGGCGAUUGAAUAAAUAAACAUAAC